CACGACACCUACUCCAUGCACAUCAUAACUCCACCAAUCAAAAACUUCUCUUUCUUUACUCUCUUACAUUUUCUGGCAAGAACCCAAGAUACAACUAGCCCCGUCAGGAAACAAUGUGAAACACCCAGAUGGGAAUUUGGGAGUAGUUUGUGAAAUUUGGUUGGUGAUUCUCUUUAGUUGAAAUCUUUGGUGGACUCCAAGAACAGGUCGUUUUUUAUUUUGUUUCAGUUUUUGUUUUUCAGAAAUGAAAAACGCUUAGGAAAGAAAUCCGAAUGAUUGGUUCCAGUUCUAGAAUCCAAAUAUGGUAUUUAUUGUCUUCUUUAUAAUUACUUUUGGCAAAUUACUUUUCAGGAAAGUAAUUUACGUGUUUUUCAUGUUCUAAUGACUGGGUAUUCUUGUUGAAGGAAAAAAAAAUCAAAGUAAAGCAUUUAAUCGGGGAAAAAGUGGGUUUCCAUUUUCAUAAUCUGCUUUUACUAGUAGAUAGUAUAGCAUUUCAUUUAUGCAUGUAGGGAAAUGCCAUGCUUGUAUUGAUUGUAUAUCUGCUUUCCGGUGGGCCCACGUGGAUGGAAUUAACUUAUUCUUCCUGAUGUUAAUGUGUUCUUCACCAAACUUUUCUACUGGAAUUAUGGUCUCUGCUUGAAUUCUUGCACGUUGGCUCUUCUGCAUUGAGAAACUUCCAUGGAUGAUAUGUAGAGCUGGAUAAAAAAUAGUAGUUCCACAUUGCUGCCCUUAUGGAUCUCCAAAAUCAAUCUCAUUGCUCCAUCUGCACGACAAAAGAAAGUUGCCAAACCGUGCGCUCCCAGACAAAGCUAAUGAAUAUUCUAAUAGAAAGAGGAAAACCUCAGGAAGCUCAGUCUAUUUUUGACAGUUUGGUUGAAGGAGGUCAUAAACCAUCUUUGGUAACUUACACAACUCUCUUGGCUGCCUUGACCAUCCAGAAGCACUUCAGUUCCAUACAUUCUAUAAUCUCUCAAGUGGAAAAAAAUGUAAUGAAGCCUGACUCAAUUUUUUUCAAUGCUGUUAUAAAUGCUUUCUCUGAAUCUGGAAACAUUGAAAAAGCCAUGGAAACUUUCUGGAAGAUGAGGGAGAAUGGAUUGAAACCAACUACUAGCACUUAUAAUACAUUAAUCAAAGGGUAUGGCAUUGCUGGUAAGCCUGAAGAAUCUCUUAAACUGGUAGACCUGAUGUCCCAACAGGGGAAUGUCAAACCCAAUCUCAGGACCUAUAAUGUACUUGUUAGAGCAUGGUGCAAAAAGAAGAACAUGACAGAAGCUUGGAAUGUGGUUAAUAAGAUGAUAGCCUCUGGCAUGCAACCUGAUGCUGUUACUUACAAUACCAUAGCAACUGCUUAUUCACAGAAUAAUGAGACUGAUAGAGCUGAAGGAAUGAUUUUAGAGAUGCAGAAAAAUGGUGUGCAGCCUAAUGAGCGAACUUGCGGCAUCAUUAUUAGUGGAUAUCGUAAAGAAGGUAGGAUAAAGGAUGCCUUGAGAUUUGUGUAUAGGAUGAAGGAACUCAGAUUACAUCCUAAUCUUGUGAUUUUUAACUCACUGAUCAAAGGUUUUGUUGACAUCAUGGACAGAGAUGGGGUUGAUGAGGUACUUACUCUGAUGGAAGAAUUUAGGGUCAAACCUGAUGUUAUAACCUUUAGCACUAUUAUGAAUGCAUGGAGUUCAGCAGGUUUCAUGGGUAAGUGCAGGGAAAUCUUUGAUGACAUGGUGAAAGCAGGUAUACAGCCUGACAUUCAUGCCUAUAGUAUUCUUGCUAAAGGUUAUGUGCGAGCACAAGAACCAGAGAAAGCUGAAGAACUCCUAACAAUCAUGAUUAAAACAGGAUCCCGCCCAAAUGUUGUAAUCCUUACAACUGUUAUUAGUGGGUGGUGCAGUACUGGAAGAAUGGAUUCUGCAAUCAAGAUUUUUGAUCAAAUGUGUGAAUCUGGAAUUUCUCCCAAUUUGAAGACCUUUGAGACACUAGUUUGGGGAUAUAGUGAAGCCAAGCAGCCAUGGAAAGCCGAAGAAAUUCUCCAAAUAAUGAAAGAAUUUGAGGUUGAGCCUGAGAAAUCCACUAUCUUCCUCAUUGCUGAAGCUUGGCGUGCCAUUGGUUUGACAAAAGAGGCAAAUAGAAUACUUUGGACCUUUAAAAGUAAGGAACAGAAAAUGGAGACAAAAGAAGACAUACCAAUUGAAAGCUUAGAGAAAUUAUAUCACAAGCAAACUAUGGCUGCCUCAAAUUCCAAUGUUUUACAGAUACCAAGUGUAGUUGCAGGUGAUCAAAAGGGGUCAGCUGUGUCUCUUAGAAAAGGUCGCAUGGUACUGAGAGAUGCUGAUUUUCCAUUGGAUUGCUCAUGGCUUGCUACAAAAUCAAUGUACCUUCCACUAGGUUGUAAAUUUGGAGCAAGGUAUCCAAUUGUCUGCCGGAAGCAAUGUCAGGGGCAGCUUGGAAUGUAUGGUCAGCUUACACAUUCAUGUACAGUGGUUUUCCUUAACUGAGGAAAUCAAGUUUAUGAGCUUUUGGUGUAAUUAGGGUCACUUCAUGUCCAAAGAAACAGAAAUAGUUAUCAAAAUACUUACUAUAGAUAGCACAGAGCUCUUCCACAAUGAUGAACUACUUUAUUCUUUUUGGCUUGCUGAGAAAUGCAAGUUACUAUUGUUCUUUGUAUCUGUUCACAAUCUCUUUAUUAUAUAUUCUUGUAAACAAAUAUGCUAUAUAGAAAAACAUAGGAAAAUUACAAAAUUCUCUCA